AUGAUCGCUGUGGCUCCUAUGGAGAUCAUUGUCUUCUCCGACUUGGUGAACAAAGCAAGAGUAGUGGAGGAGUAUGCCAAGACCGUGGUGGCAUCCAAGGAUGCUCAUGGAGGGAGCUCUAGUCAUGGGCGUGGCAAGUAUUUUCAUCCAAGAAGACAAAGCUUCAAAAGAGGAGGAUAUGCACCUCAAGGCCAAGGAGACUUCAGAAAGAACAAUCAGAAUCAGUUCCAGUAUGCUAAAGGAAGAGGGAAUCAGAGUGGUUGCUUCCGUUGUGGGUUACCUGGCCACAUUGCGAGGGAUUGCACUCGUGGGAGGAAUCAGAAUACGGACCAGAAUCAGCACCAAGGUCGAGUUUUUGAUAAAUCCUUAGUUGCAUUAUAUGAUACUGGAGCUUUGCAUUUGUUUAUUUCAUUUGCUAAAGUUGAGGAAUUAGGCUUGAAAAUGUCAGAGUUACCUUUUGAUCUGCAUGUACAUACUCCGCAUCAAACAGUUAUGACUAGGUCAGGUUGUAGACAAGUAGGUUUCAAGCUUAAGGGUAGAGACUUUGUGCACGAUUUGAUCUAUUUACCAAUGGUGGGAUUGGAGAUGAUUUUGGGGUUUGAUUGGUUGUCGAAGAAUCGGGUUUUGUUGGAUUGCUUUGAACAGACUAUUCGGUCUAUGCCGGAAGGAGAGAAUAGGGCAGUGGUAGCUACAGGGUAUUACCUGAACUCUAUAAUGGUGCAUUGUAGUAGAGAGGAGUGUCAGGGUUAUAUUUUGUUGGCUGCUAAUACAUUGGGUGAUGCCCAGAACUUAGAUCAGAUUCCGGUGGUUAGAGAUUUUCCAGAAGUGUUCUCAGAAGAUAUCCCUGAGUUCCCACCUCAAAGGGAAAUUGAGUUUGCGAUUGAAUUGGUGCUGGGAGCCAGACCAAUAUUGAUUGCGCCGUAUAGAAUGGCUCCAAUAGAGCUGGCAAAGUUAAAGACUCAGUUGGCAGAGCUUCUGAAUAAGAGGUUCAUUCGGCCGAGUGUAUCACCGUGGGGAGCGCCAGUUUUAUUGGUGAAGAAGAAAGAUGGAGGAAUGCAUUUGUGUGUGGAUUACUGA